GCACAUCAUCUUCAUCAUCACCAUGGCCUUCCUCUGGAUCGUUUCCUGCCUCGCCUUCGUCAGUGCCGCCUACGGCUGCGGCGUCCCCGCCAUCACCCCCCUGGUGAGCGGCUACGCCCGCAUCGUCAACGGCGAGGAGGCGGUGCCUCACUCCUGGCCCUGGCAGGUGUCUCUGCAGCAAUCCAACGGCUUCCACUUCUGUGGAGGAUCUCUGAUCAACGAGAACUGGGUGGUGACCGCCGCUCACUGCAACGUCAGGACCUACCACGUCGUGGUCGCUGGAGAGCACAAUAAGGGCUACGGCUCCAACGAGGACGUCCAGAAGCUGAAGCCCUCCAGGGUGUUCACCCACCCCAAGUGGAACCCCAGCACCAUCAACAACGACAUCAGCCUCAUCAAGCUGGCCACCCCCGCCCGCCUGGGAACCAACGUGUCCCCCAUCUGCCUCGCCGAGUCCUCCGACCUUUUCCCCGCCGGCAUGAGCUGUGUCACCAGCGGAUGGGGUCUGACCCGCUACAACGCUCCCAGUACUCCCAACAACCUGCAGCAGGCCGCCCUCCCCCUGCUGUCCAACCAGCAGUGCAGGCAGCACUGGGGCAGCAGCAUCUCCGACGUGAUGAUCUGUGGUGGAGGAGCCGGAGCCACUUCCUGCAUGGGCGACUCUGGCGGCCCUCUGGUCUGUCAGAAGGACAACGUCUGGACUCUGGUCGGUAUCGUCUCCUGGGGAAGCAGCCGUUGCUCCACCAGCACCCCCGCCGUCUACGCCCGUGUCACCGCGCUCCGUGGAUGGGUUGACCAGAUCCUCGCCGCCAACUAAAUGCUCAGAGGCUACGGUCCUUCCUCAGAGAAUGUGGAAUAGGAAAGUUAAUAAAAACACUGCAAAUCA